CCCACGGCUGCCCUCGUGGGCCCACGCCGAGCUGACGGAGGCGGGGGUGCCCCAGAGGCCGCCGCACUGGCACCCGCUGGCGCGUCCAGACGCCGGCAGCAGCCGCGACGGCUGGCUGCCUGCCAGCUGGGACGUGGGCUUCAAGCUCACCGCAGGCCGGAAGCUGAUGCGGUGCUACGUGCAGCGGGCGCCGGAGGGCCAGCCCGGCCUCGUGAGGUACCACAAGCGCACGGUGCUCGAGGCCGAGCGCGAGGCGCAAGGCCUGCCCGCCCCGGCAGCGAGCAGCCGCGCGCAGCAGAGAGGCGGCCGGCUGCCCCCGAAGGGCGCCGGCGACCCCUAG